AUGUCCAUAGUAUCUGAUCGACAUGAAAGUAUUUUAAAGGUUACUGCAAAGAUAUAUCCAAAUACAGCUCAUUGUAUAUGCAUCUAUCAUCAAUGGAACAACAUCAAAGAAAAAUUCAAGAGGAAUCAGAAGCAGCUAAAGGGAAUCUUUUUUGCAAUGGCUCGAACUUACAUAAAGGCAGAUUUUGAUCGACUAAUGGAAGAUGCAGACAAAAUCGAUAAGAGGCUGAGGCCUUACCUAUUUGAAAUUGGCUAUGAAAAAUGGUCCAUAUUACAUUCAAGUGUCAAUAGGUCCAUGGUGAUGACUUCGAAUAUAGAAGAGUCACUAAAUUCAGCAAAUAGAGAGGCAAGAGAACUACCAGUAAAUAAACUGCUACAAUUCAUGAUGGAUUUGGUAAUGGCUUCUACCAGUCAUGUGUAUGGUGUGAUUGAUGAAACUCAAAAGCAAAGCAUUGUGUGUAUGUGUGAAAAAAGGUAUAGCUACCUACAAUUUCAGGUUGAUGGAAUCCCAUGUGCUAUGGCAGUAUUGAGUUACACUAAUAUGAAUGUGCAAUCCUACUGUACAGCUUAUUAUUCAAAGAAAAACUAUUUGAAAGCCUAUGAAUUUCCAGCUAUUCCACUUCCUGAUGAAACAAUAUGGAACAUUCCAACAGAAGUAUCGGAUAUCAUAGUACUCCCGCCAAUCUGGAAAUCGAGACCAGGUAGACCAAGGAAUAACAAUCGAGGCAAAGGCAUAUUUAUGUACUACAUGUCUGCACAGAAAGUAUCAUGUGGACGGUGUAGAAAGGUUGGACACAAUCAAAGAACCUGA